AUGGAGCCCCUCACCAACAGUACCAUGCUGAUCAUCAUCCUCAUCUCGCUCAUUCUCGCCACCUGCAACUGCCUCUUAUUGUGUUGCCUCACUAAAUCGUCCAGAUCUGGGCACGACCAAGCCGGAGAUGAGCAGCAGCAGCAGCAGCAGCAGCAGCAGAGUGGUGUUCAUCAACUCAAUGACAUUCCCCUGCUUGAUCUCCCACCUCACUCUCGCCCCUGUCCCACCUACGUCAAUGGUCGCACCAGCAUGAAAGACAUGCCUACACCUCCUCCUCCUCCCUACGUCGCCCAGACUGAGCAUCGGACACAGGACUAUGGGCCAAGAGGUGCUUUAUGGCUCCCUUGGCUUGGGGAAGCUUAG